AUGUGUAUAAAUCCUAAAGUAACUUUGUUUUCGUAAGAAACAUAAACUUACUAAAUUUCAAGAUAAAAAAAUAAACUUAAACUAAAAACUGUUAAUGUUGCUUCAAUUAAAAUUGAAAUAAUUCUAUCCCAUUUAGAGCAUUACUUAUAUUUAUAUAAUAAGUAACAUUAAUAUAAACUACUGACAGAGAGUAGUAAGCAUUGUAAAAACUACUAAUCUUAGAAUAAAAUUAAAAUAAUAUGGAAAAGCAUAGUUCUGCACAUAUCUAAAGUCAUAAAUUUUAUUCUUAACUUAUCUUUGAUAUUUUUGUUAUAAAUAUCAUUGCAUUAUUUAAAAGAUUGUAGUAAAAAGUAAAUAAAAUAGAGAAAUAUUAAACCCGCAAAUAUAGUGGUCAAAACACUUCUAAUAUUAUCUAUUUGA